AUUCUUGCAAUCGAUGAUGGUACUUUUCCUGUUUUAUUAAAGAUUCUUUCAGAUCCAUGUGAAGAUGUUGUUAAACGAGACCUUCAGCUCCUCGCGCAGCUGUCAUCAAGUUUUGAAGAUGAAAACUUUACACGUUUUAUGGGGGAUUUAUUAAGAUCAUUUAGUACAGAUCGGAAACUGCUUGAAUCAAGAGGUAGCCUAAUCAUUCGUAACCUAUGUGUAAGCCUUAAUUCAGAACGUAUAUACUGUAGCUUUGCGGAAAUUCUUGAGAAAGAAGAGGAUAUCGAAUUUGCUUCCAGCAUGGUUCAAAACCUUAAUAGCAUUCUCAUUACUUCCCCUGAGCUUUCGGAUCUGCGAAAGAGACUCAAAAAUCUUGAAACAAAAGAUGGUCAAACGUUAUUUACAAUUUUAUACAAGUCUUGGUGCCAUAAUCCGGUGGCUACGUUCUCGCUUUGUCUAUUGGCACAGGCAUACGAACAUGCAGCUAAUUUAUUGCAAAGUUUGUAUGUGCUAUUUAUUCUGAAAGUCUCUAAUAUAAGUGACCCCUCCGGUAAAAUUUCCAAAAACCCAUUUCGGAAUUACAAGGCCACUAUUUUUGUUUUACUUGCUAGUGCUGACUUAGAUAUCACUGUCAAUUUGUUAAUUCAGAUAGAUAAACUAGUCCAAUUACUUGAGUCGCCAGUCUUUACAUAUUUACGCCUACAACUUCUCGAGCCAGAUAAAUACCCAUAUCUUUUUAAAUGCCUUUAUGGGUUGUUAAUGCUCUUGCCACAAAGUAGUGCAUUUGCCAGUUUGAAAAAUCGACUGACUAGUGUUUCGUCGAUGGGAUUUUUACAUUUAAUUCCGAGAAGUGCGUCACAAACUGAUACUAAACGGCCAUCAUCAAAAUCAUACGGAAAGGACGAUGGCAUUAAGUUUCAAGAUCUAUUAACUCAUUUUCGGACGGUGCAAGCAAAGCAUGAGAAGACCAGAAAACAAGCUCAGAACUCUGGUUCUGUCAGUCAACCUACUCGAAGUCGUCGUAUUCGCGGUGAUCGUACAUCGAUUCCAGCAAGCAGUAGCAAUUUGUCGCAAUCAACGACAUCAAUAUCCAAUAAGAACAAUAGUGGAUCCACUGAUCAACGUGGGAGUGCAAGCACCAAUAGCGCAAAUGUUAAUACUGGAACUUCUGGGUCACUGCAGGCAGACCAACCCAAGAGACGGCUGAGCGCGGCCAGUUCAACUAGUGUUACAAGUGAUCAUGGAUCUGGAAGUACCUAUUCACGCUCUCAGAGUCCACCUGUAAAUGUCAAGCGUG